CAGGUGCCCCAGAGGGAGCGAACCUAACAGGUUUGGGGGUGGAUGCUGUCUCCCCCAUCUCAGAAGGAACUGGAGUAGUCUGGAGCCAUGCCACCGCCCGCGGACAUUGUUAAAGUGGCUGUUGAAUGGCCUGGAGCCAAUGCCCAGCUGCUUGAAAUAGACCAGAAAAGGCCCCUGGCGUCUGUUAUCAAGGAGGUCUGUGAUGGGUGGUCGCUGCCAAACCCUGAAUACUAUACCCUACGAUAUGCAGAUGGGCCCCAGCUGUACAUCACAGAACAGACUCGUUGUGACAUUAAAAAUGGGACCAUCCUGCAGCUGGCUGUCUCCCCGUCCAGGGCAGCACGACAGCUGAUGGAGAGGACCCAGUCACACAGUAUGGAGGCCCGACUGGAUGCCAUGAAGGAACUGGCUAAACUGUCUGCAGAUGUGACUUUUGCCACAGAGUUCAUCAACAUGGAGGGCAUCACAGUGCUGACGCGGCUGGUGGAAAGUGGCACCAAGCUUCUGUCCCAUUACAGCGAGAUGCUGGCGUUCACCCUGACUGCCUUCCUGGAGCUCAUGGACCAUGGCAUCGUCUCCUGGGACAUGGUCUCAAUAACCUUCAUCAAACAGAUUGCAGGAUACGUGAGUCAGCCCAUGGUGGACGUCUCUAUUCUUCAGCGAUCCCUAGCCAUCCUAGAGAGCAUGGUGCUGAACAGCCAGACUCUGUACCAGAAGAUAGCGGAGGAGAUAACUGUGGGGCAGCUCAUCUCUCACCUCCAGGUCUCAAACCAGGAGAUUCAGACGUAUGCCAUUGCCCUGAUCAAUGCCCUCUUCCUGAAGGCGCCUGAGGACAAGAGACAGGACAAGCUCCUUAACCCGCUAGACCUGCCUGUCACUGAAAUGGCUAAUGCGUUUGCCCAGAAGCACCUGAGGUCUAUAAUCCUGAAUCAUGUGAUCAGAGGAAACCGCCCAAUCAAAACAGAAAUGGCGCAUCAGCUGUACGUGUUGCAGGUCCUGACCUUUAACCUCCUGGAAGAGCGGAUGAUGACCAAGAUGGAUCCCAAUGAUCAGGCACAAAGAGACAUCAUAUUUGAGCUGAGAAGAAUCGCUUUUGAUGCAGAGUCUGAUGGCAACACCGUACCUGGGGGCGGGACAGAGAAACGCAAAGCCAUGUACACCAAGGACUACAAGAUGCUGGGAUUCACUAAUCACAUCAAUCCAGCCAUGGACUUUACCCAGACUCCCCCAGGGAUGCUGGCUUUGGACAACAUGCUCUACUUGGCCAAAUUCCAUCAGGACACCUACAUAAGGAUUGUCCUGGAAAACAGCAGUCGGGAGGACAAGCAUGAGUGCCCGUUUGGGCGCAGCGCCAUUGAGCUCACCAAGAUGCUGUGUGAAAUCCUGCAGGUUGGGGAGCUCCCCAAUGAGGGCCGGAAUGACUACCACCCCAUGUUCUUCACCCAUGACCGAGCAUUUGAGGAGCUCUUUGCCAUCUGCAUCCAGCUGCUAAACAAGACCUGGAAGGAGAUGAGAGCAACGGCAGAGGAUUUCAACAAGGUGAUGCAGGUUGUACGUGAGCAGAUCACCCGGGCUCUGCCCUCCAAACCCAACUCCUUGGACCAGUUCAAGAGCAAGCUGCGCAGCCUAAGCUACUCUGAGAUCCUGCGGCUGCGCCAGUCUGAGAGAAUGAGCCAAGAUGACUUUCAGUCACCACCCAUUGUGGAGCUGAGAGAGAAAAUCCAGCCUGAGAUCCUGGAGCUGAUAAAACAGCAGCGUCUGAACCGGCUUUGCGAGGGAAGCAGCUUCCGGAAAAUUGGGAAUCGCAGGAGACAAGAGAGAUUCUGGUACUGUCGUCUGGCCUUGAACCACAAGGUUCUACACUACGGAGACCUGGAAGACAAUGCCCAGGGCGAAGUGACCUUCGAGUCGCUGCAGGAAAAGAUCCCUGUAGCAGACAUCAAGGCCAUCGUCACAGGAAAGGACUGUCCACACAUGAAGGAGAAAAGUGCACUGAAGCAGAACAAGGAAGUGUUGGAAUUGGCCUUCUCGAUAUUGUAUGAUCCUGAUGAGACACUGAACUUCAUUGCACCUAAUAAGUAUGAGUACUGUAUCUGGAUCGAUGGACUCAAUGCCCUCCUGGGGAAGGACAUGUCUAGUGAGCUAACCAAGAGUGACCUGGACACGCUGCUGAGCAUGGAAAUGAAGCUGAGACUCCUGGACCUGGAGAAUAUCCAGAUCCCUGAGGCCCCACCACCCAUCCCCAAGGAGCCCAGCAGCUACGACUUUGUCUAUCACUACGGUUGACGCAGGCAGAACUGGACAGGGACAGGGGAGGAAGGGACAGCUACUGCUGAAAAGAGACUCCGAACCCUGGAGAUGGUUCUGAACAUGGCAAUCAUUGAUCACUAAUCUCUCUAGGCCCCAGCCAUUCCAGUAGGUCUGCAGCUUCUUGUUUACCCACCUCGUUAUGGGGUGAGAGUCCUGAUGCUGGGGUGGCAUACGGGGGAGGCACCCCAUUCUCUCAACAGCAACACUGCAUGGCACUGGGUGAGGAAUAUGCCUAGCAAGAGGAGGAGCUUCUGCCCUGGCCACAGGGUUGGCAUCCACCCUUGUAUCCCAGAACUGUUGAGUCUCCGUUCAAUCCCACCUCCUACC